ACGCAGUCAACCGUCAUAUAGAAACCAUGGGGUCGGCGCCUAGCCUUGCAUGGGUUGCCGUCGCAGUCGCCGUCCAAGCUCUGUACGCGCUAACGAGCUCGCCCUUCCCGCGAGCAUCUGCCAAGCGCCGAAGCGUCGUGGUCGCGACGACACUCGGGACCUGCGUCGUCUGCCAGCAAGAAGCGCCAACAUCGGUCGCCUGGCGCCACGUUUGUAGCUCGACGUGCUGCGUCAAGUGCCUGCAGUUCUACGUCGCUCUCAAGGUGUCGCAAGGGCUCGUCCAGCCGUCGCAGCUGACGUGUCCAGACCCCCGAUGUCUGACGCCGCUCGACCACACCGAGGUCCAAGCCUACACCUCGGACGACAUCUUCGCCCUCUACCGACGCACACUGAGGCAAGAGGAGCCACAGCCUGGGAAAGCCAAGUCGCACUUUUUCCAGCGAAAGAAGGCCCAGUCGUCGACCAGCUCGGCGGCUUCUUCGUGCAUGGCACUGCCACGUUCGAAGCGCUCGUGUCCGCGCUGCCACGCACCGCUGGAGACGGCGACGACCAAGUAUUUGCAUUGCGAGCGCUGCACGAUCGACUAUUGCAUCGACUGUCUCCACGACUGGACGCCCCGGCACCGCUGCUGGCGCAAGUGGGCGCGGCGACUCGGCCUUCGCAGUGCCAAGGAUACCUGAAUCGGUCAAAUUCGCCAAUAUAGUACGCUGAAUUCUUGAUCGACCAAUCCACGACGUGAGAUUCUUUCCAA